AAUACUUAAAAAGUGCCCUCUAUCUCUUACCAUGGAAAAGUGGGUUUUCUGCCUUCUGGUUAUGAGCACCAUGGCUAUGAGGGCCCUGAUGUGUCCCAUGCGCUGCAGCUGCCAGACGGUGUCCCCCUCUUUCACCAUUCUCUGCACGAAGAACGGGCUGCUCUUUGUCCCUCCUGCCAUUGACCGACGGACAGCAGAACUCCGACUGAUGGAUAAUUUCAUCACGAGUUUGCGAAGGAAGGAUUUUGCAAACAUGACAGACCUGAUCCAUUUAACAUUAUCACGAAAUACAAUCAGUCAUAUUAUGCCUUAUGCAUUUUUUGAUCUUAAAGGCCUUCAUGCAUUACACCUGGAUAGUAACCGACUCACCUAUAUUGAUGAGGAUCACUUCAAAGGGUUGAUCAACCUUCGCCACUUAAUUCUCAGUAACAACCAGUUACAUUAUAUUUCAUCUGGAUCUUUUGAUGAUUUUAUUGACAUAAUUGAGGAUCUGGAUCUAUCCUAUAACAAUCUUGUUAAUGUCCCCUGGGAAACUGUUGGGAAGCUUUCAAAUGCCAAUACUAUUAGUUUGGAUCAUAACCUCAUAGAUUUUGUUCCUGAAGGCAUCUUCUCUGACCUCCACAAACUGGCUCGGCUGGACAUGACUUCUAACCAGCUCAGGAAGAUCCCUCCAGACCCUCUUUUCUCCCGCAUCCCUGUCUACGCCAAGCCCAAGGGCACCCCUCUGUCCUCUCUGGUCCUGAGCUUUGGAGGGAACCCGCUACACUGCAAUUGUGAGCUAGUGUGGCUGCGGCGCCUGACUAGGGAAGAUGACCUGGAAACCUGUGCCUCCCCACCCGAGUUGAUGGGCAAGUACUUCUGGUCCAUUAAGGAGGAGGAGUUUGUUUGCGAACCACCAAUGAUCACUCGCAGAACGGCAAAGCAAGUGAUCAUGGAAGGACAGAGCGUUUCCUUGAAGUGUAGAGCAGUAGGUGAUCCAGAACCAUAUGUGCGCUGGAUUUCACCGGGAGGAAAAUUGGUCUCCAACACUUCUCGAACAAUUUCCUAUGAGAAUGGGACUUUGGACAUUUUAGAGACUUCCAUGGAAGAGCACGGCAUGUAUACUUGUAUAGCAUCCAACGCUGCAGGGGAGUCCACUGCACCAGUUGAACUUCUGGUCAGCCCAUAUCCUCAUCUCGCUAACAGCACAAACUCUGGCAAAGAAGCUGAGACAGGCCCAUCGGAUAUCCUCAUCUCGGCCAAGUCCAGCUUCUCUAAUGAAACCAAAUCUCACCAAGAGAGGAAAGUGGCCAUUGCUGAGCUGACCUCAUCCUCUGCCCUCAUCCAGUGGUCUUCACAGCACCAUAUUCCCGGGAUGAGAAUGUUUCAGAUCCAGUACAACAGUUCUGCUGAUGACAUCCUGGUGUACAGGAUGAUCCCAGCUUCUAGCAAGUCUUUCUUCCUGACUGAUCUGGUUGCUGGGCGGGACUAUGACCUGUGUGUCCUUGCUGUUUAUGAUGAUGGUGUCACUUCUCUGACAGCAACCCUCGUGGUAGGGUGUGUGCAGUUCUCCACGGAGGAGGCAUACCAGCAGUGUCAGUCCCUCCAUGCACAGUUUCUUGGUGGAACCAUGAUUAUUAUCAUUGGAGGCAUCAUUGUGGCGUCUGUCCUUGUUUUUAUCUUUAUACUUCUACUGAAAUACAAAGUUUACAUCAACCAUCACAAAACCAAAAACCCUGAAGUGAAUAAUGUUUGCUCUCAAACCAACGGUAGUCAAAGUAACUCUCUGGUACAUUCCAGUUCCAAACUGGCUGAAUGGAUCCAGCAAGAACGUUCAAGCUCACCAUUCAGAGGCAAAAAUAUACUAGACUUUGACUACGAACGAGCAGUCUCUACAGAAGUGUCUGUUUUAAGAAAUGAAGUCUUUCCUUAAUAGUUAUGCUGGUCCCAGGCAAGAAGCAUUAAAAAAUAACUAAUGUAGUUGUAUUUUAAGCUUCACUGUCUAUUUUUAAGAUCAGAUGGUUUUAAACACUAUUUUUUUAAACUGUAAAAGUUCUUGCAUUCCUAACUAUUUUUGUUGCACUAUAUUAAAUAU